AUGGCCAUCAAGGACAAUAAUCUAAAGCUAAUGGUGAAUCUAUUGUCGGUUUCUCAACAAGUGCUAGACACAUAUUUUGAUAAGUUGGAUUUUACCAAGCUUCUGCGUGAGUUUACCUAUCAAGGCAAUAUGGAAGUUGUGAAAAAAUUGUUGGAGAGCGGAACCGAUCCACUUGAUUGCGAUGAAAAGGGCCAAACAAAUUUGCAUCGCGCUACUAUGUGUCAAGAUGAUUACAAAGCACGUAAGUUAACUAAGUUAAUGCUCGGGAAAUGUACAAGCGAGGAAGAGAAGAAAGAAUGGGUAACCAAACAAGAUGAUAUGGGUAAAACGGUUCUCCAUGUUGCAUCUAUGAAAGGAAAUAAAGACUUCUGUUACUUACUUUUUGACAUAAAUGAAGGCAUUCUACAAAUAAAAGAUACUGAUGGGCGAAUAGAUCUCUUCGAAGAAGUUAAAGGAGGCCACGAUGAUCUCUGUCUGAGUUUGAUACAUUGGAAACAACAUUUUAAUGUUGAUUCCAUUUUUGACCGCAGUGGGCUGACACUACUGCAUGUGGCCGCUUCAGAAGGCAGAAUGCAUAUAGCGGAUCUCCUCCUCGAGAGGUCAAAGAAGCCUAAAGCAUAUGUGAGGACAACAGAUUUGGAGUCUAGACAGACAACGCUUCAUAAAGCCACCAAAGGAAGACACACAAAUAUCAUAAAAGUUUUGUUGCACUGGGGAGCUCAUCCCCUUCUCGAAAGAGAUUGUGAUGGCCGAACUGUAUUCCACUAUUUCGCGCCAACACUAUUAAGUGGAGAUGAUAGAAAAGAAGUUGCGAAAUUGCUGUUAAAGAAGUGUAGAACCGAUGAAAAGAAAUUGCUUUUGCUGUGGGCUAGGCACUACAGACCAACAUCUAAGAGAUUCUUCACUCAAAAUCUUUCUUUCACAACAAAAGGAGCAUUUCAAAGGGGAGGAAAACAAUUUGUUAAGGACAACUGCACGUCUGGGUGA